UCUGCUCUGGGGAGUGCGGAAGACAGGAAGCAGCAAGGCUGAGAGAAGAGAGAGAGAGUGUGUGACAGAGAGAGAGAGAGAGUGAGGCGGAGUAGGAAAGUUGCAAUUUAAAAAGACAAUUGGAUUGACUGUUCUUAGACUGACAUUGCAAGCAUGGGGCUGGGAAGAGGGAAGGAUGAGUACAAGCUGGCGCCAACCUCGGAUGAUGGGGUUAAGAAAGGCAAGAAAGGCAAGAAAGCUAAAGAAAAGAAAGAUAUGGAAGAACUGAAGAAAGAAGUUGACCUGGAUGACCAUAAGUUAACCAUGGAAGAACUUCACAGAAAAUAUGAAACCGACCUAACCAGGGGUCUUACUGCCUCCAAAGCAAAAGAGAUCCUGGCUCGAGAUGGCCCAAAUGCUCUCACGCCUCCUCCCACAACACCUGAAUGGGUCAAGUUCUGUAGACAGCUGUUUGGUGGUUUCUCAAUGCUGCUGUGGAUCGGUGCUGUCCUCUGCUUCCUUGCUUUUGGUAUCCAGGCUGCCUCAGAAGAUGAACCUAUGAAUGACAAUUUGUACCUGGGUGUUGUACUGUCUGCUGUCGUCAUCAUCACUGGCUGCUUCUCCUACUACCAAGAGGCCAAGAGCUCCAAGAUCAUGGACUCAUUCAAGAACCUGGUCCCACAGCAAGCCCUGGUUAUCCGUGACGGUGAGAAGAAGAGCAUCAAUGCUGAGGAUGUGGUGGUUGGAGAUUUAGUGGAGGUGAAAGGUGGAGACAGGAUCCCUGCUGAUCUGAGGAUCAUCUCUGCCCAUGGCUGCAAGGUGGACAACUCCUCCCUGACCGGUGAAUCAGAGCCACAGACUCGGACUCCUGAAUUCACCAACGACAACCCACUGGAAACAAGAAACAUAGCUUUUUUCUCCACCAACUGUGUUGAAGGUACUGCCAGAGGAAUCGUCAUCAACACUGGAGACAAAACUGUCAUGGGUCGUAUUGCUACCCUGGCUUCCAGUCUGGAGGGUGGCAAAACUCCCAUUGCCAUUGAGAUUGAGCACUUCAUCCACAUCAUCACUGGCGUGGCUGUUUUCCUCGGCGUGUCCUUCUUCAUCCUCUCACUCAUCCUUGGAUAUGGGUGGCUGGAGGCUGUCAUCUUUCUCAUUGGUAUCAUUGUCGCCAACGUGCCAGAAGGUCUCCUGGCUACUGUCACUGUGUGUCUGACUCUGACUGCUAAGCGUAUGGCCAAGAAGAACUGCCUGGUGAAGAACCUGGAAGCUGUGGAAACUCUGGGCUCCACCUCCACCAUCUGCUCGGACAAGACUGGCACCCUGACCCAGAACAGGAUGACUGUGGCCCACAUGUGGUUUGACAACCAGAUCCACGAGGCCGACACCACAGAGAACCAGAGCGGGACCUCCUUCGACAGGAGCUCAGCCACCUGGGCUGCCCUGGCCAGAGUUGCUGGACUUUGCAACCGUGCCGUCUUCCUGGCUGAGCAGAGCAACCUUCCCAUCUUAAAGAGAGAAGUAGCCGGCGAUGCCUCAGAAGCUGCCUUGCUGAAGUGUAUUGAGCUGUGCUGUGGAUCCGUUAAAGACAUGAGAGAGAAAUAUCCCAAGAUUGCUGAGAUCCCCUUUAACUCUACCGACAAAUACCAACUCUCCAUUCACAAGAACACAACUCCUGGAGAGACCAAGCACCUGCUGGUGAUGAAAGGAGCCCCAGAGAAGAUCUUGGAGCGGUGCUCCACCAUCAUGAUCCAAGGCAAAGAGCAGCCUCUAGAUGAAGAGAUGAAAGAUGCUUUCCAGAACACCUAUGUUGAACUGGGUGGACUUGGAGAGAGAGUACUUGGUUUCUGCCAUUUCAACCUGCCUGAUGACCAGUUCCCAGAAGGCUUUGCUUUUGACACUGAUGAGGUGAACUUCCCCACUGAGAAACUUUGCUUCAUUGGCCUCAUGUCCAUGAUCGACCCUCCUCGUGCUGCUGUGCCUGAUGCUGUUGGUAAAUGCAGAAGUGCUGGAAUCAAGGUUAUCAUGGUCACAGGUGACCAUCCCAUCACGGCCAAAGCUAUUGCUAAGGGUGUGGGUAUCAUCUCUGAGGGCAACGAGACUGUUGAAGACAUUGCUGCUCGCCUGAAUGUACCAGUGGCAGAGGUCAACCCCAGGGACGCCAAGGCCUGUGUUGUCCAUGGUGGUGAGCUGAAAGAGAUGACCCCGGAGCUCCUUGACGAUGUGCUGAAAUACCACACAGAAAUUGUCUUUGCCAGAACCUCCCCUCAGCAGAAACUGAUUAUUGUGGAAGGUUGCCAGAGACAGGGUGCCAUUGUGGCUGUAACAGGUGACGGUGUGAAUGACUCUCCAGCUCUGAAGAAAGCUGACAUUGGUGUUGCUAUGGGGAUCGCUGGGUCUGACGUCUCCAAGCAGGCCGCUGACAUGAUCCUGCUGGACGAUAACUUUGCCUCCAUUGUUACUGGAGUAGAAGAAGGCCGUCUGAUCUUUGACAACUUGAAGAAGUCCAUUGCCUACACUCUGACCAGUAACAUCCCUGAGAUCUCACCCUUCCUCCUCUUCAUCAUCGCCAACAUCCCUCUGCCCCUCGGAACCGUCACCAUCCUCUGUAUUGACCUGGGAACUGACAUGGUCCCUGCUAUAUCUCUGGCUUAUGAGGCAGCUGAGAGUGACAUCAUGAAGAGGCAACCCAGAAAUCCCAAAACAGACAAACUAGUGAAUGAAAGGCUCAUCAGUAUGGCCUACGGACAGAUCGGAAUGAUGCAGGCCACAGCUGGGUUCUUUGCAUACUUUGUGAUCCUGGCUGAAAAUGGUUUCCUCCCCAUGGACCUGCUGGGGCUCAGAGUGUUCUGGGAUAACAACCAUAUAAAUGACCUGGAAGACAGCUAUGGACAGCAGUGGACAUAUGAGCGCAGAAAGAUUGUAGAGUUCACCUGCCACACAGCAUUUUUUGCCAGUAUUGUGAUCGUCCAAUGGGCCGAUCUGAUCAUCUGUAAAACCAGAAGAAACUCCAUCAUUCAUCAGGGAAUGAAGAACCGCAUCCUGAUUUUUGGUCUGUUUGAAGAAACAGCUCUAGCUGCCUUCCUGUCAUACUGCCCUGGCAUGGAUGUGGCCCUCAGAAUGUACCCUCUCAAGCCAUGGUGGUGGUUCUGUGCCUUCCCCUACUCCCUCCUGAUCUUCGUUUAUGAUGAAGCCAGAAGAUACAUCCUCAGACGCAACCCAGGCGGUUGGGUGGAGCUUGAGACAUACUAUUGAGUCAACUGAACAUGAAGGGAGCAGUCACUGUUUCAGCAUUAUUUAAUGCCAGGUUACACAACUGUCUGAAACACAGAAACACCACACAUGGAUAAAUUAAGAAUAUGUUGAUGUAUAUGUCCUUCACAAUAAAACAUUUCUGUACCACUGUG